AUGGCAGCAUUCGACAAAUGCAAGACGCGCCCCGCGCACAUCGACGCCAUCCUGAAUGGAUUGGAUAGAUACAACCCAGAGACAACAGCUGUGUUUCAAGACUAUGUUGUGCAGCAGUGUGAAGAUCGAACAUUUGACUGCUACGCGAAUCUGGCAUUGUUGAAACUACUGCUAAGUCCCACAUUUAAUAGUUACCAAUUCAAUCCGCCCCUCCUCAACGCCGAAACAGUCACCAAUAUCCUCGCCAAAGCCCUCACCGUCUUCCCCUCUCCUGCUUUCUCCCUUUCCCUUGCCCUCCUCCCCGCCUAUACCCAACCCUACGCUACCUCCCCCACACAAGCCACCACCGCCAACCUUCCAAUGCAAACCGCCGACUUCGUCGAGGCUGUGCAAAAACUCACCCACCUCUCAACGCUCCUCGAAUCUGCGCAAUACACCGCCUUUUGGUCCACCCUCAACUCCGACGACCUCUACGCUGAUCUCACUGCCGACGUUGCCGGUUUCGAGGAAUUGAUCCGCAUCCGGAUCGCAGUGGAGGUUGGCAAGGCGUUCCGCGAGAUUGGCGCGGAUGUAUUGAUGGGAUGGUUGGAUAUGCGCGGCAUGGAAACGCUGGAGAAAUUUGUGGUUGACGUUUGUGGGUGGGAGGUUGACAAGAGUAAGGCGGAGGGUGAGAAUGGGGUUAUUGUUAGAGUUCCCCGGAAUAAGGAGAAUGAGGCCCGGGGAGAGGUAAAGGGGGAGAAGGUCGGUAUCGAGAUGUUUGGAAGAGUGGUGAGAAGGGGAUUUGAGCAGCCGGCUUGA